GGACGGCGCAGCCCGGCGGAGCCCGGCGAGCGGAGCGGGCGCGAUGCAGCCCCCCACGGGCCCCGCGCUGGCCCCUGCCCCCGGGAGCUCGCCGGGGCCGGCCCCGGGCUCGCCGCUGCUCCGCUGGCAGUGGCGGGAGGUGCAGGCGCCCUGCCUGGUGGCGGGCUGGAUCCUGGUGGCCAGCCUGGCCAAGAUCGUGUUCCAGCUGUCCAGGAAGGUGACGUCCGUGGUCCCGGAGAGCUGCCUCCUCAUCCUGCUGGGGCUGGGCCUCGGGGGCAUUGUUCUGGCCAUCGCUAAGAGAGCUGAGUACCAGCUGGAGCCCAGCCUGUUCUUCCUCUUCCUCCUUCCCCCCAUCGUCCUGGACUCGGGCUAUUUCAUGCCUAGCCGGCUGUUCUUUGACAAUCUCGGGGCAAUCCUGACCUACGCGGUGAUUGGCACGCUGUGGAAUUCCUUCACCACCGGAGCGGCCCUCUGGGGCGUGAAGCAAGCGGGGCUGAUGGACAAGGGCGUGGAAGCUGGCCUGAUGGACUUCCUGCUCUUCGGCAGCCUCAUCUCAGCUGUGGACCCUGUGGCCGUGCUGGCCGUCUUCGAGGAAGUCCACAUCAACGAGACCCUCUUCAUCAUCGUGUUCGGGGAGUCCCUGCUGAACGACGCCGUCACCGUGGUGCUGUACAAAGUGUUUAACUCCUUUGUGGAGAUGGGCCCUGCGCAUGUCCAGGCCACGGACUACCUGAAGGGUGUCGCUUCCUUCUUCGUGGUGAGCCUCGGGGGUGCCGCCGUGGGGCUGCUCUUCGCCUUCCUGCUGGCCCUGAUCACCAGGUUCACCAAGCGCGUGCGCAUCAUCGAGCCGCUCUUCGUCUUCCUGCUGGCGUACAUGGCGUACCUCGCCGCCGAGAUGGUCUCGCUCUCCUCCAUCCUCGCGGUCACCUUCUGUGGGAUCUGCUGUAAGAAAUAUGUGGAAGCCAACAUCUCCCGGAAGUCCCGCACCACUGUCAAGUACACCAUGAAAACGCUGGCCAGCAGCUCCGAGACCGUCAUCUUCAUGUUCCUGGGCAUCUCCGCCGUGGACACCUCCAAGUGGGCGUGGGACACGGCGCUGGUGCUGGGCACCCUGCUCUUCAUCCUGCUCUUCCGGGCCGUGGGUGUCAUCCUCCAGACCUGGGUGCUCAACUGCUUCCGCCUCACCCCACUGGACCGUAUCGACCAGGUGGUGAUGUCGUAUGGGGGCCUGCGGGGGGCCGUCGCCUUUGCCCUGGUCAUCCUGCUGGACGGAGCAAAGGUCCGAGCCAAGGACUACUUCGUGGCAACGACCAUCGUGGUGGUCUUCUUCACCGUCCUUGUGCAGGGUCUGACCAUCAAGCCGCUGGUCAAGUGGCUGAAGGUGAAGCGGAGUGACCAUCACAAGCCGACGCUGAACGAGGAACUGCACGAGCACGCCUUUGACCACAUUCUGGCAGCGGUGGAGGACGUGGUCGGUCACCACGGUUACCGUUACUGGCGAGACAAAUGGGAGCAGUUUGACAAGAGGUACCUGAGCCAGCUCCUGAUGCGGAAAUCGGCCUAUCAGCUCAAAGACGAAAUCUGGGACGUUUAUUGCAAGCUGAAUAUCCGCGAUGCCAUCAGCUUUGUGGAUCAGGGUGGCCACGUGCUCUCCGCCUCGAGGCUCACGCUGCCCUCCAUGCCCAGCAGGACCUCCAUGUCGGAGUCGUCGGUCACAAACCUCCUGAGGGAAAGCGGCAGCGGCGCGUGUCUGGAUCUGCAGGUCAUCGACACCGUGAGGAGCAGGAGGGAUAAGGAAGAUGCCGUGAUGCACCAUGUGUUAUGCGGGAGCCUCUACAAACCACGCAGGAGGUACAAGGCCAGCUACAGCCGCCACUUCAUCUCCCCAAGCACACAAGAGCGGCAGGACAAGGAGAUAUUCCAGCAGAACAUGAAGAGACGGCUGGAAACCUUCAAGUCCACGAAGCACAACGUCUGCUCCGCGAAGAGCAAGGCCAGGCUGAAGAAAGAUGGCAGGAAAAAGCAGAAGAAGAGUGUGGCAAAUACCGAGCUGCCCAACGGAAAGCCACCCAGAAGCGUUACCUGGCAGCAGACGGCAGCUGCCGUUCUAGUGGCAGUCGACUCCGACAGUGAGGAGAGUGACAGCUCAGAGACAGAGAAGGAGGAUGAUGAGGGUAUCGUCUUCAUCGCUCGAGCAGCAGACGAGAUCCUGCAGGGCAAGAAGGCAUCCGGCAGCCUGGACAUCUGCCCGAGCCCACGCAUCAUCCCCCCUUCGCCCACCUCGGCCGAGAAGGAGCUGCCCUGGAAAGGUGACCGGGGCGACCUCGCUGUUUACAUCUCCUCAGAAACCACCAAAAUUGUGCCAGUCGACAUGCAAACUGCGUGGAAGCAAAGCAUCUCCUCGCUGGAGAGUGUCGCCUCCCCGCCCGGGACUGAGCCAGGCCCGCAUGCCAAGACGGUGGCUGGCCCGGUGCCGGACGAAGGGCCCAAGCUGGAGAGACAGAUGAUGCCAGAGCAGCGCAUCUGCUUUCAGUUCCCCAACCCUCUCUUGAGGAGCAGCAGGCCUCAGAGCGACAGCAGCCCGGAAAGGACGGAGCAGCCGGAGCUGCAGCCUUUGAUGGCUCUGGACGAGCACGGCAGGAUGAGUACGUCUGCCGGACCUAGCAACAGCAGGUGGCUAAUUCAGUUCAACAGACCCGCCAGAUUUUCAGAUGGAUAGCGUGCUCAGCCGUCACUGCAGAGCGGCCGCUCAUCUGGAGCUAGCCACCUGGGGUCAAACCUCGUGGGGUCUGGCUUGGUAAAUCAAAGGACUGGCAGAGAGCUUGGGGCAGGGAGGCCUUUCAGAGCUUGGGUUUGCACUGGGCCAGCAGCGGGCAUCAGCCGGUGGAGCUAGCUAUUCAAAACUCCAAGCAGGUGGGCUGGCUGCAUGCUGUAAUAGCAUCAGUGCCUGUCCCAAGCCCCUCUGCACAGUGGGAAUAACCAGAUCCUAAACGCAGCCCUUCCAAACCAUAAAGCAAAAGGGGCCCUUUCCUCCCAGCCUGGCAAUUUAGUGGCUCGGUCCGUGGCCUGGCUGCCCCACGACGGGAGUCUGGCUGACCAAGUGGGUUGUGACAGGCAAUUUCUCACCCCCUGUCUGCAGCGUGAGACCUCCCAGGAGGGGGUGGGGGCGCUGCUCUGCAGUCCCCGCUGCCCAUUCCCCAGCUGGCAGCAGGAGCGAGGAAGAGCUCCCAAGCAAUGGCACCUCGGCUGGUGCCCCCAGCCUUGGCAUUUCUUGGAGCGAGCCGUCCCAUGUCCAGCUUUGUUGUGUCAGGCGAGUGUCGUCGUACGAGGGGCUGGGGCGUCCCCUGCCUGCAGGGCAGCACAGAGACACAUCAGCCUAGCAUUGGGAGUUUGUUGCAACAACAGUGACCAGCCAAGCUCUGAGCUGGGUAAGGAGCUGAAAACAAAAUGCAGGGGAGAGUCCCCCAAUCAGCAGUAAAGGCAAACACCAGCCGGGAGACGAGAGCUCAGGACACUUCCAUUGCAUCUUCCCAGCAAUUGCUGGAGCUCUGUGUGUUUAGAUCACCAGUGUAAAUGCCCCUCAUCUGGGCAUCUGGGCACUGGCCUGCACUAAUCGAAGAGACUCCCAACAGUGGCCUCCACUCUAGUCCACUCAGUGCUUAGUACUUGGACCUGGGACGUCUGUGGGCAGCUUCUGUCAGGGCCUGUCUACACACACAAUUAAUCUGGAAUAGCUACUGCACUUAAAACUCAUCCCUCCCUUAGUCCAAAUUAACUUUUAAGUGUAGACAAGCCUGAUUGGGGACAGGGUUGGUGUGGGAGGGACUUUUCACUAGGCACUGCAGGUGAUUGCAUUUUCCCAUCUCCACUGUACUGACGCUAUCCUGUCUCCAGCGCCCUGGAUCCUCGCUCCGGGCUCCACCAGUCACUGGGGUCAAAUUGCUGGGGGGAAAGAGUGAUACGCUCCGCAGCUCUGCCCACGUGAGACAGCAUGCACGCACUCCCGCCAGCUGGGGUAGCGUAUAGCUCAUGUGGGCUCUGCCAGCCCCUGGCUCCCUCUCUCUGGGCUUGGAUGCCUUGCUGGCCCCUGUGAGACUUUGCUUCUUUGCUUCUUUUCCUUCUCACUUAGGAAAUGCACAAGCACCCAGGCCCAGCUCUGUGCGCUGAUGGCAGAGAAUUGAGCUGUCACUCCCGCUAGAUUGUGCCGAGCUUCCUUAGACGGUCACCUGUCUCCUUCCUUACAUACUUUGAUGAGCGGUGAAAGAGUUAACAAAGUUGGCAGUUAAAUCAUCCCCAGUGGGGACUGGAGUUAACCCACACUGAGGUGAACAGGGCAGCGCCCACCUCCCGGAGCUGUUGUGUCAGGCUCUCGGCAAACGCAGGCUGACAGUGCAUCGGUUACACUCGGGUCCCAUUUGGAAGGUUGGGGAGGAGUCCUUGCACACUGGUGUCUGCUCAGGCCCUCCCUUUGGGGCACAGGCUAUUCUUCAAGCCAAAAACUCAAAAGUGACAUCAGAACGAAGCUGUGUCCCUGACCAAAGCCACACACCUUUCCCCUGGCAUCUCUCUACUGCCCCUUGCCACAAGCCCACUUCCCACAGCUCCCUCUUCCACCAGAGCUUGCUCAGCUCUUUACAGAAUCACCUGCCGCCUCCCCUGCAGGGUCUGAUCAUCCCGUCCCUGUUCUUGAAGGGGCUCUGGCUGAAGAGGGCAGGCUGGCCCCAGGCCCCCUGGCCCUUAAAGGGGCAGAGCACCCUGUUGCAGGGGCAUUUGGUUCCUCGAGCUUUCAUUCCGGAGCACAGGCUGGAGUGGUUUGGGAGGUGUGCUUACUCUGUACGCUCACAGGUGUCCCCGGCUCAAGCCCUCACCCCUGACACCGGAGAGGUAAGCCUGACCUCGGACACAUCCAGCACCACGGUCCGUGAUUCUAACCACUAGACCCCACUGCCUCCUUCCGGGAGUCGGGGGUGAGCAGGGAGAGCAGCAUCACUGUCACAGCCCCGAGAAUCUCUGCCCCCCCUCUCCCGGCUUUCCGUCGUGCCUCCAGCCCCAUGCCGUGGUCUCCAGCCCCUGCACUCGUCAGGGCUUCUUUUAGAGCCCACUGGUGCCACCUUCGAAGGCGUCUGGCCCUGCACUUGGCAACACCCUGUAAUCACGGGCCAGCCCCCGGUGGCGGAGGCGCAAAUGCACUGGCUAAGCGGAAAGGUCUCUGGUACAGCUGCAGCUUAUUCGCCUGGCUGUGGGCCCCAGGCAGAGCCUGUGUGACCAGCGUGGCACGCCCCAUGCCGCCAGCGGGAGCUGAGCCCAGAAACACCGGCCUCUGUCCCUCGAGCUGAAAGCGAGACGCUGCCAGUGGGAGUUAGUAGCAGGCCAGCAUCGCAGCUGGGCCGGGGGGCUCACAAUCACAGGUGCCACCCCAGGGGAGGCAGCAUCCUCCCCCGGGACCCCGGCUGUCCGUUCCCCCGGGAACGGGAGGGGUUCAGCAUGGAGGGGAUGCUGUCCCCGGCCCCAUCCUGCACAAAGCACUGCCGGGGGCAGUAAUCCACACGGCAGGCUGGGAAGGUGAGUGCGUUUGGUGCCGUUUCUCAGGGCUGAGAGUUGUGCUCUGGGUGCUCUAGUGAGUUAGGUAACGGCCCAGUCGUAACCUGGUGCUGCUGAGGGGACAGGCCCCUGAAACCGCUCUAAGCCAGAUGGCGAGCGACCAAGCAGAACCAGAGCAGGUUUCAUUCCUUUCCGGUCACAACACUGGCGGCCCCAUAGCAUUGCUCUCUGGAGCCCUUGUGUAGCCUCUGUUUGCUUUCAUGGUGUCCUCAGUGAAGGUGCGCUGCCCUUACCUGGCUUACAGUGUGGGGAGGGAGGGCUUUGCAUUACUCGUACUCUAUAUUUGGGCUUUGAUGAUUUCUGAGAUCUGGCCAUAAUGAAACUUUUAGCUCUGUCAUGUUUUCUGUACUCACGGGUGCAGCAAAUGAUGAAAAGGUGACUCUAUUAAUUGCAGUGACUAUUGUUUUAUCGUGAAAAUACAUGCGAAGUAUUUUGUAGCUUGCAUUGGAAACAAUAAACUGGACUCCGCAGCCA